ACCUUCCCCGCCAGAGUCAUUGGUGCAAAGAUAACUACAUGUAUACAGUGUGGCAAGGAGCUCUGGAAGACGGCUAACACACAGUCAUGUCUUCAGUGUGGCAUACAAUUUCAGCUCUAGGUAGAGUUCUUAAGGUGAACUGCAAGAAACUGGUAUGCCUCUUGGUCUUCACCAUAACUGUACGUCACAGUGCCUCUGGAAUGUGCCCUACACCUUGCAUCUGUGCUAGUGACAUUGUGAGCUGCGCUGGCAAGAAUCUUUCAAGGGUACCGUCAACACUGUUCAGGCAUAUAAAAAGGCUGGAUCUCAGUCACAACCGAAUUGGGGGUUUGGAUCAUGACUGGAUGCCCGUACUACUAGAGAAACUGAACACCCUUAUCGUCAGUCAUAAUAGUAUUAGCAGUAUAUCCCCUGGAAGCUUUUCUGUAACUCCAAAUGUCAAGAACUUAGACUUGUCCUCAAACAAUCUGAGAUCACUGGGGAGCCCUGUCUUUCAGGAACUGAGGAUGCUGGAAGUUCUCCUGCUUUACAAUAACUAUAUUGCACAAGUUGAUUCUGCAGCCUUUGGAGGAAUAUACAAAUUGCAAAAGCUGUAUUUGAGUUACAAUUUGCUCAAAAAGUUCCCAAUAGAAUUGUACGUUGGGAAAUACAAACUCUCAGAACUUGAACUGUUAGACAUUUCUUAUAAUCGUAUCAAGACAAUACCCAUUCACUACAUAAAUUUAGUGCCAGCCAGACUUCUUAGUGGAAUUUUUCUUCAUGGGAAUCCAUUUUACUGUGACUGUACUCUUUACUCAUUGCUAAGCUUUUGGUAUCUUAGACACUUCAGUUCCAUGGAGGAUUUCAAGACUGAGUACACUUGCGUGUUGCAGUCGGAUACCAGAGGCUCUAAUACUCUGCCUUUAUUGCACGACAACUAUUUGAAUUGCUCUGAAAGUAUUAUUAAUGGCUCUUUCCAUGCAUUUGGGUUUAUUCAUGAAGCCCAAGUAGGCGAGAGGCUGAUUGUACACUGUGACACUAAAAUCAAUGAUGCAGGGACAUACUUCAUUUGGAUCAGCCCAGACAAUCAGUUUCUGGAGCCAGACAAGACAACCGAACAUUUCAGAGUGUUUCGCAAUGGGAGUUUGGAAAUAGACGAGGCCCAGUACGAAGAUGCUGGACUUUAUUCCUGCAUUGCAAUAAACAAGAGAAGAUUAUUGAAUGAAACUAUCGAGGUGAGGAUAAAUGUCAGCAAUUUCACAGUGGACCGGUCUCACUCUCAUGAAACUUUCAAUACUGCUUUCACCACCCUUGCUGCAUGUGUCGCCAGUAUUAUCUUGGUACUUCUGUACCUCUACCUGACUCCAUGCCCUUGUCGGUGUAAGGCAAAGAGAAAGAAAAGGAAGUUGACCGAAAGUAAUGCUCACCCAUCCAUACUGACCUCCAAUCCUUCACAUGAACUUCCAGCGGAUGAAAAGAAAGCCAGCAGCGGUAAAAGGGUGGUGUUCCUUGAACCUGUGAAAGAGCCGAAGCCAGGACAGAAUGGGAAAGUAAGGAUGUUCCCCAAUGAUAAUGUCAUUGCAGAAAGUAUCUUAAAACCCCCUCGAACAAAGUCGGACUCCGAUUCUAUGAACUCUGUGUUCUCAGACACACCAUUCAUGCCAUCUUCUUAGUAUUCUGCCUGUGUUCAUUUUGUACAGUUACCUUCCUCAGUAGU